ACUGGUUUCUCUUCAAUGACUUUGUGCUGUGUUGUGUUGUGUUGUGUUGCGCUGGGAUGUUUUGUGUUGGCGUUGGCGAGCGCCAGUGGGUUUCUCGGUUUAUUGGUCGACGCUCAGAAAACGAGACUUUGCUGCCUUUUAAUGCGGCAUUUCAUUCAUUGAUCGUUCCAAUAGCGCGCCGCACGCUCAGCGCAGCGGACAAGUGAGCCAAAAGUCCGACUUCGACUGCCAUCGCCGCCCACCUGAGUCGUCGCUAGCCUGGCUAACGGAGUCAAAGCCAACUGGGGAGUAGUCAGCUGAUUUAGCUGCCACCGCAUCCCAGGCCAGGCCAAGCCACACCGACCAUCCCAGCGAUCCGCGAGAUAUAUCUUUUCAGUGCACAGCCGACAAGCGCAGCAGGCGGACGCAGCGCAGCCAUUUCUCCGUGUAUUUUCGUAUGCCAACUCGGGAUAUUGGAUACAGAUACAGAUUCCGAGAUACAGAUACAGAACGCGAGCGACGCGCACUCAUAGAUAUUUUUAGCAACCGGCCUCACGCACACUGCCGCACAUAUUAGUACCGCCGCACUGACACACGCGGCUUGCACGUUUUCACGGAAAAUCCAUUCUUCGAGGCUUUUCCAGCACACAAGAUAAACACACAACACGAGAAUGCGCGAAAACCGUACAAAAGUUCUUAUCAAUAGUUAAUCCGCCGCAACCGCAACCGCAACCACAACCAUCGCAAAAUCAAUUCAAGCCAAAACAAGUUCUGGAGUUUUUGAGGAAAUAAGAACUGAAAACAAACCUUUUUUGUUGUGUUAAAAUGCCAAAUUUAUGCAUGAGCUAAUAACUUAAAAUCCGAAAAGAAUGAAAAAAGCGCAAGCAAAACAAAAUUAUAAAAAGAUCGCAUAUCAAAAUUAGUUGGGUGACUAAUUAGAAAACGCGUUGUCGGAAUUUCAAUUUGCAUACUUUUGCGCAACUUUAAUGAACCAAAAAUUAAAAUAAAAACAUCAACAAAUCUUAAUCAGAGUGCACAACUGAAUUCAAAUCAUCCUGAAACCAGCCAACCCCGCCAGCUACACAUUGUUGGAUUUAUGAAAUCAAAAAGAUGAAGUCCAAUACGUACGAGCUGCACAACUACGCCGAUCUGAAUGACAUGGCCUCCGCGACGGACUCCAAGGAUUCGCGGAAGAGGAAGACGGCCAGUGCCCGUGGCGAGAAGUAUUCGCUGCGACAGAAGCGACAGAAGAGGGCUUCCAACGAGGAUGGGGAAGCCGCCAGCCUGCCAGACUUUCAACUAGAACUGGAUCCCAUCGCGGAGCCGGCUAGCAAAUCGAGGAAAAAUGCACCCACCAAGUCCAAGACGAAAGCACCGCCAUUGAGCAAAUACCGGCGAAAAACCGCGAAUGCCAGGGAGCGCACUAGAAUGCGUGAGAUCAACACGGCAUUCGAGACCUUGCGGCAUUGUGUUCCCGAGGCGAUAAAGGGCGAGGAUGCGGCCAAUACCAACGAGAAGUUGACCAAGAUAACCACGCUGAGACUGGCCAUGAAGUACAUCACCAUGCUGAGCGAUUCGAUGCGGGAUCCCAGCUAUGAGAGCGAAUUCAUAGGGGAGUGUCUGGAGGAGAGUGCCAAUCGGGAGGCGAGAGUGGACUUGGAUGCGAGCGAGGAAGCCGAGGUGGAAGUGGAGCUGCCCGUUCCAGUUGCAAAGAAGCCGGCCAAGACCAAGGGAAGUGGUAAGAAGAGCACCGCCGCCAGCAAGAGACAGAGCCAAAAGCAGGCCAAGCUGGUGCCCCAGAUGCCACCAACAAGUUCCGGUGAGUCGUGCUACGCCACCUCCUCGAUUGGAUCGCCUGCCUCCUCCGCCUACGCAUCGCUCUCCUCGUCAUCGAAUAGCCACAGCAGCAGUAGCAGUCCGGGACUGGAGCUGGACACUCUGGCGGGACUGAACGGACUUACCGCCCUGGACUCCCUGCUCCUGGAUGCCUCCGACGGGGAUUCCCUGUCCUGUCUGAGUCCCGGCUAUGGAAGUCUGCUCACUGGCAGCGGGGAAUCCCUGUUGCCCGGCUGCCGGGGCGAUCUGCCCAUGUCGGGUCUGGAGAAGUCGGAUGUGGAACUCAGUCUGCGAUUACUCGACCAGAGUUCCAAGGAUUCCUUCGACUUUGCCAGCGACCAGCAACCAUCGGCCUGCAUUAGUUCGUUCUCCGCGCUGGAUGGUUAUCCUUUCGACCUGCUGCACAGCGAUUUUCCGGAUAUGUUUUUCGCGUGACGCGUAUUUCUUAGCAACCCUAACACUCUAUUUGUAAGCCUAACCCUCGUCUUAAGUUAGAGUGCGAGUUUUAACCCGACUUUCACUAUUAGCCAUUACAUGCGAUGCGCCAUUCAGGCGGAAUUCAUUGUGUCAUAGCCAGCAGCUCACAGGAUAUAUCCACGUCCUGCGAAGGUAAAAGCUGCUCACCGCCACAUCCACAGAUAACUCAACUCAACUCAAAUAGUGAUCUAAGCAUUUCUUUGUGACGCAUUUCUCGUUAUCCUGUAAAUAAAGCACCCAGUGUUGAUUCAAGACGCCUAA